AUGAAGACGGUUACGGUGGAAGUGGAUACGAUCCUGUUCGACAUGGACGGGACGUUGAUCGACUCGACGCCCGCUGUGAAUGCCACCUGGGCCUCCUUUGCGCGCCAGUACAAUCUCGAUCUCGACUUUGUCAUGCAGACCUGUCACGGCUACCGUACCGUCGAGAACCUGCAGCGCUUCAUCCCGUCCAUCUCGCAGGACGAAAUCCCCGCAGAGGUGGAGCGAUUCGAGAGCAACAUUCUCGUCGUGGCACGCGAGAACGCCUCGAAAGGUCAGGGCAGCAUCGUUGCCAUGCCUGGAGCCAAGGAGCUUCUCGCGCAGAUCAACUCCACUCGUCCCACCGCUGCUGUCGAAGCAGGUAACCACGGGUGGGCGAUUGUUACUUCGGCCACCAAGGCGUAUGCUCAACAAGGCUUCGCCACUGCUGGGGUCAGUGAUCCUCCUCAGGUCUUUGUUACGUCCGACCUGUGCACGAGGGGCAAACCUGAUCCUCAACCCUACCUCCUCGGGGCGGAAAAGUGCGUCAAGGACAUUUCGCGCUGUCUCGUCGUCGAAGAUGCACCUCCCGGUGUAAGGGCGGGUAAGAGGGCGGGUGCAAAGACGCUGGCGUUGAGAACAACGCAUGCGGGCGAAAAGAUGAUGCUCGAAGAGCCGGAUUUCAUUGUCGAGGAUCUGAGGAGCGUAAGCGCAGAGUGGAAGCAAGACGGCUCUGCGCUCGUGCUCACCAUCACCGCCGAAGAGCCCGAAAAGGGAGAAGCAAAGGGCAUCUCGCCCCUCGCACAGCAGAUCCAGCACCAAAACGAUCCAGCCGCCAAAGCCAACGGCCAUGCAUAG